AGAGGCUGGGCUGGAUCCCUGAGCACCGCCCCUCCUCCGAGCAGGCCGGCUGAUGAGUCAGCUGACGCGGGCGCCCCAGCCGCGCCGGCUCCCCGCGCUCCCCGAAGUGGCUGCGAGCCGGCCGCCCACUUCCAGGCUCGGGGACGGGAAAGUGAUGCGCGCCUCCUGACGCCGCUCGGAGCCGCCGCCGCUCGGUCUGCGCUUUCUUCCCUGGCCCAGCCCAGAGCCCCGUCUUGACCCGAGGCCACUUAGGGCGCGCGCUGGGCGCGGGGAGCUCGCCGGCCGCCCGGGAUGGCCUCCAGUUUCAAUGACAUCGUGAAGCAAGGCUACGUGAGGAUCCGGAGCCGCCGCCUGGGGAUUAUGACAAGCAUGAAAAUCAACUUCUUACAGACGGCUUGACCCUCAGCAGAAGUUUAAGUGUCUCUAGGAGACCAGCUUUUCUGGGAAAAUCCUGGAGGAAUGGUUAAGAGCUUUUUCUCCAGAAUCAGGCAAACCAAGAUUUAUCAGCGAUGUUGGUUAGUAUUCAAGAAAGCAUCCAGCAAAGGCCCAAAAAGACUGGAGAAAUUUUCUGAUGAACGUGCGGCCUAUUUUAGGUGUUAUCAUAAGGUUACAGAACUCAGCAACGUGAAGAGCGUGGCUCGGCUGCCGAAAAGCACCAAGAAGCACGCCAUCGGGAUUUACUUCAGUGAUGACACCUCCAAGACCUUCGCUUGCGAGUCAGAUCUUGAGGCUGACGAGUGGUGCAAAGUCCUCCAGAUGGAGUGUGUGGGGACGCGGGUCAAUGACAUCAGCCUCGGAGAGCCUGACUUACUGGCCACCGGAGUUGAGAGAGAGCAGAGUGAGAGAUUCAAUGUGUAUUUGCUGCCAUCUCCUAACUUAGAUGUACAUGGCGAAUGUGCCUUGCAGAUCACAUGUGAGCACAUCUGUCUUUGGGACGUCCAGAAUCCCAGAGUCAAACUCAUCUCUUGGCCGCUAAGUGCGCUGCGGCGGUAUGGGCGAGAUGCUGCCUGGUUCACUUUUGAGGCAGGGAGGAUGUGUGAGACUGGUGAAGGGCUGUUUGUCUUUCAAACGCGAGAUGGGGAGGCCAUCUACCAGAAGGUCCACUCGGCUGCCCUGGCCAUAGCGGAGCAGCACCAGCGCCUGCUGCAGAGCGUGAAGAACUCCAUGCUCCAGGUGAAGAUGAGCGAGCGGGCCGCCUCGCUGAGCACCAUGGUGCCUCUGCCUCGCAGCGCCUACUGGCAGCACAUUACCCGGCAGCACAGCACGGGGCAGCUGUACCGCCUGCAAGGUGUCACCAGCCCUCUGAAGCUUCAUCGAACAGAGACUUUUCCCACCUACCCAUCUGAGCACUGACGGGCCUGGCGUGAGCUGUGUCAGCCACAGACCCACCCGGACGGGCAGAGGGUGCCUGGGGAGCCGUGCCGGCAAGCAGCUCCGCGUCCUGCCUACCUGUGUGGUCCUUGGGACACUCUGCAAUACUCUUUUUCUUUUUUCCCCUUUUCUUUCUUAAAAAAAAAAAAAAAAAUUAGCAUACUUGAAACCUGCUCUAUAGAUAUCGACUCUGUGUUCCCUCUUUUACGGCUGUGGUUUUCUAUUGUAGAUACCGUGUGCCCUGCACCUCCCUGAAUUUACCCUUUUGCGGAUUCUUGUGAUUUAUUUUCCUUCUGAGUGUUUCAAUUGUAUGACAGUACUGACAAUAAAAUGGCUCUUAAUUACUUGUUAUUUGUUUAAACCAUGUUCCUCAGUUAUUAAUAUUAUGGUUCUGCUUAACUACGGGCCAUCAUAUUUUAUUAUAUUCCCACUUAGUUAAAUCAGUGCUUUGACUCAGUAUGACCUAUUACAUUAAGAAGUCACCUUUCCUAGCACCCUUUAUAUUAUUUACCAGGGUUACAAUUUCUUACACCAUCUCCCCUCUCCCUCCCUUUUAAGAAAGCUUUUAUUUUCUUCCAUGUACCUUCCAAAAACGUUUUAAAAUAAAAGAUCGUUCUUCACCCA